AUGGUCAACAAAAAACAAGCGAGUCAAAUCGCAUCAUCGGAUGCCAACAAGACAUCAGCUUCCAUGCCAGACAAAGCACGGGCUCCUUUGGCACACGACGCAUCGUACCAGAGACGUGCUCGACCCAGAAGUGCGCGAUUUGCCGCCAAGCAUUCGCCAUUCUGCAACCUGCUCACAGCUCACCAGCGACGACGCGCCUUUAGCGAAACGUCGGGUGAGUUCAACAAUCUGCUGGCCCUAGAGAGGAGUACGGCCAAAUCGGUCAAGGUGUUCCGUGUUGAAGUUCGAGGCAUUCUACAUGGCAUCUUCUUCGUCCUGUUGCUGCGCUUCCUGCUGGUGCUUUUGGCCGCUGUGGUAACGCUUGGUUUUGCCGUUGUGCUAAUCAUUAUGAUCAAGGAGCCGCACGUAUCGCUCACAAACUAUUUGAAUUCUAUUCGUGAAAGGCUUUGA